UGCUCGGCGGUGGGAAGAGUCGAUAUGCCAUCAACGUUAUCCGCAGAGGUGACGUCACCGGGCAUUUCAGACUCCGCCGACACUGCUAGAGGGGAGUGGAAAGCGAACGACAGAAUCGCCGGUUAUUAUGGCUGCCAAACCGGAGAGGAAGUGAUAUCUUACCCAGAGGAAAAAGAGGGGGAUUUUGACUUGAUCAAGAAAACCGACGUGGAGAAGCCGAAACGACACUCGACGAGGGGGUUGAGCGCGUGCGGGCUCUCACGGGACGGUCAUCUGCGCCAGGUUUAUUAUCGUGAGCUUUCACCCCGAAAGCUGCGAAGAUGGCGGACCCGGCGGAGUGCACGAUUAAAGUGAUGUGCCGCUUCAGGCCCCUGAACAAUUCUGAAGUGGUGAGAGGGGACAAGUACAUCCCCAAAUUUCAAGGUGAAGACAACGUUGUUGUAGGGGGCAAGCCCUACAUGUUUGACCGAGUGUUCCAGUCCAACACGUCCCAGGAGCAAGUGUACAACGCCUGUGCCCGACAGAUCGUCAAAGAUGUGCUCGAGGGCUAUAAUGGAACGAUCUUCGCCUACGGACAGACGUCCUCUGGCAAAACGCACACAAUGGAGGGUAACCUCCACGACACAGAUGCAAUGGGGAUCAUCCCGAGAAUAGUCCAGGACAUUUUUAACUAUAUUUAUUCCAUGGAUGAGAACCUGGAGUUUCAUAUCAAGGUUUCAUAUUUUGAAAUUUACCUGGACAAAAUUAGGGACCUUUUGGAUGUGUCAAAGACGAACCUCUCAGUGCACGAAGACAAGAACAGAGUCCCAUACGUGAAGGGGUGCACCAGCGCUCGCUGCAGUCCGGAGGAGGUCAUGGACACCAUCGACGAGGGAAAAUCGAACCGCCACGUCGCCGUGACAAAUAUGAACGAGCACAGCUCCCGGAGUCACAGUAUCUUCCUCAUUAACGUGAAGCAGGAGAACACUCAGACAGAGCAGAAGCUGAGUGGGAAGCUCUUCCUGGUGGAUCUGGCUGGGAGCGAAAAGGUGAGUAAAACCGGAGCGGAGGGGGCAGUCCUGGACGAGGCCAAGAACAUCAACAAGUCGCUCUCAUCCCUGGGAAACGUCAUCUCCGCCCUGGCAGAAGGCUCUACAUAUGUCCCGUACAGAGACAGUAAGAUGACCAGGAUCCUGCAGGACUCCCUGGGGGGCAACUGCAGGACCACCAUCGUCAUCUGCUGCUCCCCCUCCUCCUACAACGAGGCGGAGACCAAGACCACCCUGAUGUUCGGCCAGAGGGCAAAGACAAUCAAGAACACAGUGUGUGUGAACAUGGAGCUGACGGCCGAGCAGUGGAAGAAGAAGUACGAACGGGAGAAGGAGAGGAACAAGACGCUGCGCAACACGGUGACGUGGCUGGAGAACGAGCUGAACCGCUGGCGCAACGGAGAAAGCGUGCCGGUGGCGGAGCAGUUCGAUAAGGAGAAGGCCAAUGCCGAGUUCCAGGCCCUGGACAACGUGGUGAACAACGAGAAGCCCGCCUCCACGCCCGGCGUGCCCGGGGUUCGGCUCACCGACGCCGAGAAGGACAAGUGCGAGGCCGAGAUCACCAAGCUCUACAAGCAGCUGGACGACAAGGAUGAUGAGAUCAACCAGCAGAGCCAGCUGGCUGAGAAGCUGAAACAGCAGAUGCUGGAUCAGGACGAGCUGCUGGCCUCCUCCCGGCGCGACUAUGACAACCUGCAGACGGAGCUGAACCGGCUCCAGGCGGAGAACGAGGCCUCCAAGGAGGAGGUGAAGGAGGUGCUGCAGGCCCUGGAGGAGCUGGCCGUCAACUACGACCAGAAGAGCCAGGAGGUGGAGGACAAGACGCAGGAGUUCGAGAUCCUGAGCGAGGAGCUCAACCAGAAAUCGACCGUUCUGUCCUCCAUUGACUCAGAGCUGCAGAAGCUGAAAGAGAUGACCAGCCACCAGAAGAAGAGGGUGACGGAGAUGAUGUCAUCGCUCCUCAAGGACCUGACCGAAAUCGGCAUCGCCGUGGGCAGCAACGACAUUAAGCAACACGAGGGCAGCGGGCUGAUAGACGAGGAGUUCACGGUGGCGCGGCUCUACAUCAGCAAGAUGAAGUCGGAGGUGAAGACGAUGGUGAAGCGCUGCCGGCAGCUGGAGGCCUCGCAGGCCGAGAGCAACAACAAGAUGGAGGAGACCGAGAGGGAGCUGACCGCCUGCCAGCUGCGCAUAUCACAGCAUGAGGCCAAGAUCAAGUCCCUGACGGAGUACCUGCAGAAUGUGGAGCAGAAGAAGAGGCAGCUGGAGGAGACCGUGGACUCCCUGAACGAGGAUCUGGUGAAGAUCGGCGCGCAGGAGAAAGUCCAUGCCAUGGAGAAGGAGAGCGAGGUCCAGACUGCCAAUGAAGUGAAGGAGGCGGUGGAGAAGCAGAUCCAGAAUCACCGCGAGGCUCACCAGAAGCAGAUCGGCAGCCUGCGGGACGAGCUGGAGCAGAAGGAGAAGCUGAUCACCGAGCUGCAGGAUCUGAACCAGAAGACGGUGCUGGAGCAGGAGCGCCUAAGGGUGGAGCACGAGAAGCUGAAGGCGGCCGACCAGGAGAAGAGCCGCAAGCUGCAUGAGCUCACAGUGAUGCAGGACCGGAGGGAACAGGCCAGACAGGAUCUGAAGGGCCUGGAGGAGACUGUGGCCAAGGAGCUCCAGACUCUGCACAAUCUGAGGAAGCUCUUUGUUCAGGACCUGGCCACUAGAGUCAAGAAGAGCACGGAGUUGGACUCCGAUGACACUGGAGGCAGUGCUGCUCAGAAGCAGAAGAUCAACUUCCUGGAGAACAAUCUGGAACAACUCACCAAGGUCCACAAGCAGCUGGUGCGGGACAACGCGGACCUGCGCUGCGAGCUCCCGAAGCUGGAGAAGCGGCUGCGGGCCACGGCGGAGCGGGUGAAGGCGCUGGAGUCCGCGCUGAAGGAGGCGAAGGAGAACGCCUCGCGCGACCGCAAGCGCUACCAGCAGGAGGUGGACCGCAUCAAGGAGGUGGUGCGCGCCAAGAACAUGGCCCGCCGCGGGAACUCCGCGCAGAUCGCCAAACCCAUCCGGCCCGGCCAGCAGCCCGUGGCUUCGCCCACCCACCCCGGCGUGACCCGCGGCGGCGGGUUCUACCAGAACAGCCAGACCGUCGCCAUCCGGGGGGGCGGCAGCAAGCAGGAGAAGCCUUGCUGAAGACUGAACAUGGUCUCGGAGGAGGAGGCGGAUGUUGUGCAGAAACCUGUCAUUCCGUUGCAGUGGACUUUCCCCCCCUCAGGGGGAAGCUGGGAGGAAGAUUAAAUAUAUAAAUAUAUAUAAAUAUUAUAUAAAUAUACCUGGCCUGUACAGUUCUACCCCUUAUCCCCUUUUCUCUUCCUAAAUGAAAUCUGAUUUCCUUUCAAAACAAAAACAAGACAAAAAAAAAAAAAAAAACCAUCAAAAAGACAAGUGAGUGCAAUCUAGACAUUCUGGGGGGAGAAUGAACUCCUUUAUGACUUCUAACGUGUAGCUCUUGUUUUAUUGCACAGUUUGUCAUCUGUCAUAUCUUAAGACUAGUCUGCACUGUGCCAAGCUGAAUGUAUGUUAGGUAGGUUUUCAAAGGCAAAAAAAAAAGACAAAGAAGAAUACUCCUAGCAUUAAUGUCCUGGCCUAAUUCAUGCACAUUUCCUGUUGUGGGGAGGUUGGAGGGAAGUUGUAAAGUCCUAUCUGUGUAGAUCUGAUGAGCUUGUUUAAAGCGUUGAAUCGAACUGAGAUGCGUGCUGUACUUACUCUUCCGUUGUAAAGAUUUAAAUGAACCUGUAUUUCACGUGUUUUUCCCAGAAACGGGUGUUUGGACCUGGGGAUGAUCCUGUUAAAAUAUGAUAUUCUCAUGUGGAACAACAGGGGCACUUAUGGUUAAAAAAAAAAAAUAAUAAUAAUAAUAAUGAUAGAAACUAUAUUAACAGAGGAAGGUAUUCCUGCAAGCUGCUUUGGGUGAUUUAAGAAAAAAAAUACCUCGUCAAAAACGGAUUUCAGCAAAAUUUAAUUUGCUGUUUAUUGAAGGCGAAAUGGGUUAAAGGCAUUGUUAUUGAACACUGCAGAUUCGGUGUCUGCGUACGCGAGCGUGUAAUCCCACGACGAAUGAAAUGCAACACAUGCUUGUCCUGUCCUUGUUCUCGCCCAAUCCGUUUGUUUGCUUGUGCUAUUAACAAAGCAGUUCUCACUCUCUCUGAUAUCGCUAGACGGUAUCGGACUGUAAUAAGACACUGGUAGCCUGUUGUUUUUUUAGGAAGUAGUAUUUAGACGUGAAGAUCACGCAUUGCACACACCUUUUAGACCAGAGUUCUGUCUGACGGGGGCGAACAGAGCUCGUCUGUUGGCACUGUUGAGAUGCUGCUUAAACCUGCGAAGGGGCAUUCUGGGAUGCGUGGAAUGUCCCGUUUUGAGACAUGACCUCAGAAGUGUUGGGGAGACGCAGACUCUUUGUGUUUCAUUGUGGGGAGAGGCAGAUUUGUUGUGUUUCUGUGCGCGUCACGGAGAGCAGGGGCCUUCUUCCAGGCGGCUUGAAGUCAAUUCCUGAUCGUUUUGUCGUAUUUUUUAGCACUGAGGAAUGGGCAUGUGCACAACCAGCCCCCCCCCC